UAAAAUCUUUCAAAAUUAUUUGGAAGAUAAUAUUCCGAUUGUUGAUGAUGGCGGAGCGAGAAAAUGAAGAACCGGCUGAUGUUAUAUACGAAACCGACGAAAAAGGGCAGCAAGUUGUUGUUAAAUCGUUAGAGUCGACGUCCCGAGUCUAUCUUCGUUUCACCAACAGGACCUCUCGGCCAGUCGAUGUAUGGUGGCGAGACUUCCACGGAGCGAAGCGACACUACGUCCGUCUAGAUGCAGGCACGUUUUUUGACAUAAAUUCCUUUAUUACUCACCCCUGGGAGUUUACGGAUGUGGCUACCAAGGAAAGCUAUGUUAUCAACAAUAAGCCAAUCUACAGACCACCAAGAAAUAUAGGCGGUAUGAUGUAUAGAACUAAUUGGAACAUUACAAUCGGUGUAAGGAGUCUUCGUCACACAGUGUUGCUGACGCUCGCCUUAAAGAUAGAGGAUCCCAAUGCGGUUAAUGCUCUCGGUCUGCCAAGAGUACUGGGAGAGGAAUUGCAGAAGCUAAUCAGACUUUUCCACAGACCAAGGACACCUCCGCAGCGCGACUGACGUCAAAUCAUAUUUACGAUUGCCGUAAUGAUUAUAUUCCUGUACCUAACAUGGUGUUAUUUCCAUUACCUUGUGACAAAGGUAUUUAUCAAGCUUUUUAAAUAAUUAGUUUGUAAUAUUUCGCAUUUAUUAUAACCAACUAUUAUGUUAUAAGUACAUUUAUGCUUUUUUUAACUGUGAUAUUUUAUGUUGCAAACCCUUUUCAAACAUGAACAAUAGUGGUAUUAAUCUGUGUUAUCUGCCAUUCAAAGUAAUUAUGUUCAAAGUCAUUAUCAGUUGUCCUAUUUACAUAAAGAUACAUAAUAUCAAUUUACUAUGAAUAACAAACUGGAUUGAUCUUAAAUUCCAUAUUUUAUCACAAAUAAGU